AAAGCGCCGCGCGCCGCAGGGGCUUUUGACGAUGGGAGGGACCCACGGGAGAAUUUCCAGCCCCGUGAUUUGCUAAUCGGGGGCCCGGUUUCUCCCCUUCUGUCAUCGCCCCUCAAGUGUAAACGUAGCCGCGGUGCGCGCAGGAUCUUUGCCCGGCCCUCCUCCUCGCCCGUGGACCCAGCAAGUGUAGCCACUGCACUCGGCGCGCCUUGGUCAGAGCCCGGGAACGGAGGAUCGGGGGCCCCCACGGUGGCUGCAAGACAGAAGAGGCGUUUACAACUCCCCACUCAUGGCUUUCUUCUAGCACACUCGUGGAAGGGACGUGACUUUAAGAACCAAAAACAAAACCCCCAAAAAACCUUGCAAAGUCGCAGUGAGGCUUGACUGCGACCAUGGAGAUGCAGAGGUGGUCCACCAGGUGGAAAACGAAAAGGUGGCUUAUGGAUUCCACUGUCACGACAUUGCUCACGUUUACCCUGCUUCUACAGGCGUCCACGGCAGCACAGCCGGUGGACGUGCUCCAAAUUUUAGGAUUUCAAAAUUACCCCGAAGGAGUGACAAAAACGUCUGGAUUCUGCACAAACCGAAGAGCGUCGAAGCCGGACGCCGCUUACAGAGUUGGCGAGCAGAUCCAGAUCAGUGCCCCCACGACGCAGCUAUUCCCUGAAGGCGUUUUCCCCGAUGACUUCUCCAUCCUGACCACGGUGCGCCCCAAGUCCGGCCUCCAGUCCUUCCUGCUGUCAGUUUACAACCAGCAGGGGGUCCAGCAGCUCGGCGUGGAAGUGGGACGCUCGCCCGUUUUCUUGUACGAGGACCAGACGGGCAAGCCGGCCCCGGAGGACUACCCUCUCUUCCGCACCCUCAACCUGGCGGACGGGAAGUGGCAUCGUGUGGCCAUCAGCGUGGAGAAAAAAACGGUAACCAUCAUCGUGGACUGCAAGACCAAGAUCACCAAGCCUCUCCUCAGAAGUGACGACACCUCCAUCAGCACCGACGGCAUUACCGUCUUUGGCACCAGGAUCCUCGAUGAGGACUUUUUCAAGGGCGACAUCCAGCAACUUCUGAUCGUCGCCGAUUCCAAAGCGGCGUACGACUACUGUGAACAUUACAGCCCGGACUGUGACAUACCCCACGGGGAAUCCUUGCAGGCCCAGCAGGCCCAGGAAGAGUACACCACUGAUGGUUUAGACUACUCUCAGUUCUAUGAUUAUGCCGAGGGAGCCGCAGACAUCGUUCCCACUGACGACGAGUAUACCGAGCCGCAGCUAAACAAUGUAGAAGGAGAUUACAAUACAGGCAUUGACUACGGAACUGUAGAUGAUUCUCAGACUCAGUCCCCCUUUGCCACGCAUGGACCCAGUGAGGCUGUGGAGGAGGAUGCAAUCGGUGAUUAUGUCACCGAAGCCUCUCCCCUUGCUCCGGAGCCCGCCGUUGUCCCAGAAACGGCGGACAGCGUGGACAUCGGUGCAGAAGCAUAUGACUUGAAGGACUAUGACCUAAAGGAGUAUGACUUGGGCGAGGGUGACAACAGGUUGUAUGAUUACGGGGCAUAUGAUGAGUACGGCGCUGGCCCCUUGAAGCCUACGGACGAGGACGUGGGGCCUGGGGUGGCUGCAGAAACGGAGAGCACCGUCGCUGGGACCGGAGGAGUCCUGGGCGUCAAGGGAGAGAAAGGCGAGCCGGCUGUGAUUGAACCGGGCAUGCUGAUUGAAGGACCACCAGGACCCCCUGGGCCAGCUGGUCUCCCAGGUCCCUCUGGCCUGCACGGACCCCCAGGCACUGCUGGAGAUUCCGGUGACAGAGGUCCUCCUGGUCGUGCCGGGCUGGCUGGGGCCGACGGCUUGCCAGGGCCCCCUGGUACCAUGCUCAUGUUGCCGUUCCGUUUCGGCGGGGACGGCGAGAAGGGUCCAGUGGUCUCGGCGCAAGAAGCCCAAGCUCAGGCCAUACUCUCCCAGGCCAGAUUGGCCAUGAGGGGACCUCCGGGGCCGAUGGGCUUGACAGGAAGAUCGGGGCCGGUGGGCCUGCCAGGUUCUACUGGGCUGAAGGGUGAAGGCGGAGACCACGGUCCUCAGGGUCCCCGUGGUGUUCAAGGGCCUCCCGGACAAACUGGGAAAGCCGGAAAAAGGGGCCGUGCAGGAGGUGAUGGUGCACGCGGCAUGCCUGGAGAGUCAGGCAGCAAGGGUGACCGAGGCUUUGAUGGACUUCCUGGACUGCCCGGUGAAAAAGGACACAGAGGCGAGCCCGGGCCAAUGGGACCCACAGGUGCUUCUGGAGAGGAUGGACAGAGGGGCGAAGAUGGAGAGAUUGGGCCCCGAGGGUUGGCUGGCGAGAGUGGUCCAAGAGGUUUAUUGGGACCCCGCGGUUCCCCGGGACCCACUGGAUCACCUGGUGUCGCUGGAGUUGAUGGGCCUCCCGGUCCAAAAGGAAACAUGGGGCCGCAAGGAGAACCCGGACCACCAGGUCAACAAGGCAUCUCAGGGACUCAGGGUCUCCCUGGUCCCCAAGGCCCUAUUGGACCACCCGGUGAAAAGGGACCGCAGGGCAGGUCAGGUUUACCUGGGUUACCCGGGGCUGACGGACCCCCUGGUCAUCCUGGUAAGGAGGGUCCGACCGGGGAGAAAGGAGGCCAAGGUCCGGUGGGUCCACAAGGUCCCAUUGGUUAUCCUGGCCCUCGUGGUGUCAAGGGUGCCGACGGUGUCCGGGGGCUGAAAGGUUCAAAGGGAGAGAAGGGUGAAGAUGGCUUCCCUGGCUUCAAAGGGGACAUGGGAAUCAAAGGAGACCGGGGUGAGCUCGGAAUGUUGGGGCCCCGCGGAGAGGACGGUCCUGAGGGUCCGAAGGGUCGAUCUGGCCCCAACGGGGAGUCGGGUCCCCUCGGUCCAGCUGGAGAGAAGGGUAAACUGGGAGUUCCAGGAUUGCCGGGAUAUCCAGGAAGACAAGGACCCAAGGGCUCAAGCGGUUUCCCUGGCUUCCCUGGAGCCAACGGAGAGAAAGGUGCCAGGGGUGUUGCAGGCAAAGCUGGUCCGAGAGGGCAAAGAGGUCCAACGGGUCCUCGUGGGGCUCGAGGAGGCAGAGGUCCAACUGGAAAGCCUGGCGCAAAGGGCACGUCGGGCAACGACGGUCCUCCGGGCCCGCCUGGUGAGAGAGGUCCUCAAGGACCUCAGGGACCAGUGGGUUUCUCUGGGCCAAAGGGGCCACCUGGACCGCCUGGGAAGGACGGACUGCCCGGACACCCUGGCCAGCGUGGUGAGACAGGUUUCCAAGGAAAAACGGGUCCACCAGGGCCAGGAGGUGUUGUUGGGCCCCAGGGACCCACGGGAGAGACCGGUCCAGUCGGUGAGAGAGGCCACCCCGGACCCCCUGGUCCACCUGGAGAGCAGGGUCUCCCUGGAGCUGCUGGCAAGGAGGGAGCAAAGGGAGACCCCGGACCGCAGGGUUCAUCCGGUAAGGACGGUCCUCCCGGCCUCAGAGGCUUCCCAGGAGAGAGAGGUCUACCUGGCGCCACGGGUCCAGCGGGUCUGAAGGGGGGAGAGGGUCCCCCAGGUCCACCUGGUCCUGUUGGCUCUCCUGGUGAGAGAGGUCCUGCCGGUUCAGCCGGGCCAAUCGGCCUGUCGGGUAGACCUGGCCCCCAAGGUCCCCCGGGGCCUGCUGGGGAGAAAGGUGCACCUGGAGAAAAAGGGCCCCAAGGUCCAGCCGGCCGCGAUGGCGUCCAGGGUCCUGUGGGUCUGCCCGGCCCUGCCGGACCCCAGGGUCCACCCGGAGAGGAUGGCGAUAAGGGAGAGGUUGGAGAACCUGGUCAGAAAGGAAGCAAAGCUGAUAAGGGCGAGCAAGGUCCUCCUGGACCAGCUGGUCUUCAAGGUCCCAUUGGUGCCCCGGGUCCUGCUGGAGCUGAUGGAGAGCCCGGUCCCAGGGGUCAGCAGGGUAUGUUUGGACAGAAGGGAGAUGAAGGCGCCAGAGGUUUCCCCGGACCACCUGGUCCCAUCGGCUUGCAGGGACUUCCGGGGCCUUCUGGUGAGAAGGGCGAGAACGGUGAUGUUGGCCCCAUGGGCCCUCCUGGUCCCCCAGGUCCUCGAGGUCCUCAAGGUCCAAGUGGAGCUGAUGGUUCACAAGGUCCUCCUGGCGGUGUUGGUCCUGUGGGUUCCGUGGGAGAGAAGGGUGAACAAGGUGAGGCUGGGAACCCAGGACCACCUGGAGAGUCUGGUACUGGGGGACCCAAAGGCGAGAGGGGAGAGAAGGGAGAAGGCGGACCCCCUGGUGCUGCCGGACCUGCAGGCGCCAAAGGACCCCCUGGAGAUGACGGUCCAAAGGGUAACCCUGGGCCCGUCGGAUUCCCCGGAGACACGGGUCCCCCUGGAGAGCCAGGUGUUGGGGGAACAGACGGAGAAUCGGGAGAAAAGGGAGAAGAUGGUGAGGCUGGUCAGCCGGGACCUCCGGGUCCAUCAGGUGAAGCCGGUCCACCCGGACCCCCGGGCAAGCGUGGACCUCCGGGAGCUGCUGGUGCUGAAGGCCGACAGGGAGAGAAGGGCGCUAAGGGUGAAGCCGGGUCUGAGGGUCCAGCUGGUAAAACGGGACCCGUCGGGCCUCAGGGACCUGCCGGAAAGCCUGGUCCGGAGGGUCUACGUGGAAUCCCCGGCCCAGUUGGUGAACAAGGACUGCCCGGCUCUGCAGGACAAGACGGUCCGCCUGGUCCCAUGGGUCCUCCAGGACUUCCCGGUCUGAAAGGUGACCCAGGCUCCAAGGGUGAAAAGGGACAUCCAGGUCUGAUCGGUUUGAUCGGACCACCCGGUGAGCAAGGAGAGAAGGGAGACCGAGGUUUGCCCGGACCCCAAGGUUCACCCGGUGGCAAGGGAGACAAUGGUAUCGGUGGGUCGUCAGGUCCUCUCGGGCCCCCUGGACCCCCUGGUCUACCUGGUCCUCAAGGUCCUAAGGGAGCUAAGGGUUCAUCUGGUCCAGCCGGCUCCAAAGGAGACACAGGUUCCCUUGGUCCUCCAGGUCCUCCUGGCCCGCCAGGUGAGGUCAUCCAGCCUCUACCCGUCCGCUCCCCCAAGAAGACCAAGCGCUCCAGCGACAUGCAGUCCGACGCCGCCGGCACUUUUAUGGACUACGGCGAGGGCAUGGAGGACGUCUUUGGCUCGCUCAACAACCUCAAGCAAGAUAUUGAGCGUAUGAAAUACCCCAUGGGCACGCAGAACAACCCAGCCAGGACAUGCAAAGACCUGCAGCUCAGCCACCCAGAAUUCCCUGAUGGUGAAUACUGGAUUGAUCCCAACCAAGGUUGCUCAGGGGAUUCCUUCAAAGUCUACUGCAACUUCACGGCCGGAGGAGAAACCUGCAUCCACCCCGAUAAGAAGUCCAACGGGGUCAGAAUAUCUUCAUGGCCUAAAGAAGUUCCUGGGUCUUGGUUCAGUGAAUUUAAGCGUGGUAAAAUACUUUCCUACGUGGACGCGGAGGGCAACUCCAUCAACUUGGUGCAGAUGACCUUCCUCAGACUACUGACCGCUUCGGCCAGGCAGAACUUCACCUACAGCUGCCACCAGUCCGCCGCCUGGUACGACGCCGCCAGCGGCGGCUACGACAAGUCGCUGCGAUUCCUGGGCGCUAACGACGAGGAGAUGUCGUACGACAACAAUCCCUACAUCAAGGCCCUCUCAGACGGAUGCGCGACGAGGAAGGGCUACGGAAAGACUGUGAUGGAGAUCAACACUCCCAAAAUCGAUCAGGUCCCGAUCAUCGACGUCAUGUUGACCGACUUCGGGGACCCCAAUCAGAAGUUCGGCUUCGAAGUCGGGCCCGUCUGCUUCCUUGGCUAAAUAAAACCACACGAGAUAAGGAAACCAAAAAAAAAACAAAAAAAAAGGACUUGAUGGGGACUUAACCCCUCCCCCUCCCCCCUCCCCCUCCCCCUCCCUCCAUUUCCUUCGCCACAUGCAAGUUUUGAACGAGUGUAGCAAACAUGUCCUCUCCGUGUCUGUAUGUUGCACAAAAAGGUGAAGGACAUUUCGCUGAGGAGGUGAGGCGACACAGGUGGACACGGACCUCCUCUCUGGAUCUGAAAGGUGCUGGACCGGAACCAAUGGUGCUUGUUUAAAGACACACACACACACACACACAUACUGGUUAUCAUUUGGAAUGGGGACCAAGUUUUUGAUCAUGACUUGUGGGGACCGGCCUUUCUACAGGUUGUGGAGGCAUAACAAAAAUGAGUUAGCUCGUACACGUCUUUAAAUGUCUGGAUCGAUGAAGUAAUGUGCUGAUCAUUCUUACCGGGGACCCUGGGGAAAAAGACUUCAUAUGGUUCAUGGGGACAAAAAUGUAAAUAAUUUUGCAUAAUUCACACAAAUUUGUACGUUUACUACUGAGGACCAUUUAAAAAAAAGCAGCGAGUGCAGUACCAGCUACAGCCCGAUGAGGGGGCUGCUGUGCAAAUGUCUCACACUCAAACUAACCAGUAAACAUGUUUUAUGGGCCAAAGCUUAAAAAUCACUUAGGCAUCUUCAGAAUGGAUCUGACUAUCAUUUAAAAAGGUUUCCCUUUUUUUUUUUGUCCCCAUACCGUCAGAGGUCCCCUACAUUUGACUGUGUAAACAGAGCCAUGUCCCCAUUAAGUAAGCAUUGCCAGAUCUCACACACACACACACACUAUCACGCAUACACACACACACAAGGGUGCUAAGAAAAGGAAGAAUAAUAAUAAAAAAAAACUGUAAUUAUUUUGUACAUUACUGUUAUUUCUGAAUCCACUUUCAAAACUUGCAUGUGCAGUCACAUUUCUCGGCUCUUUUAUUUUGAAGUCCAGCCAAUAAAGUGAGCGUCCAAGCCAAAUGUAGACGUUGCCCUUUGUAAAUAUCGACGGUCCAAAGCUUGAGUUCCAAACAACCACACACUCACGUCAUGGCAUUCAUUUAAUUAAUUUAAUUCUAUUGUUGUUGCCUUUUUUUUUUUUCCUGUUUUUAUUUCCUCUGACAGGCUUUUCAUUUUGGUUUUAUACCUCAGACUUUCUUGAUUACCUUUGGGGAUGCAAGGAUGUUGUAUAUACCUUAAUUAAGCAAGUACGUUGAUAUAUUUUCGGUGGGGAUUUUUAUGUUUUGUUUUGUUUUGUUUUUUUCUUCCAAAGAGGCGGUCACGCAACUGCUGAACAUCCACUGUUCCCAAAAAAAACACACUUCUGUGAAUGCAAUGAGAAGGUGACCCGUUUUUGUAACUAAAGAGAAAAUGUUUUAAUGUUGCUUUUUAUAGUUCAAUUAAAUAUUAAAACUGGAUUCUAAACAACAGUGAAAUGCACUUGUCAGUGGUUUGCGUUAAUACAUGCACCAAAUGUACACAAUGACA